CGUAAAUUGAUGCCUGCGAGUGUGCUGUGGAAGAAAGGUGUUGUUUGAUCGUUGUUUCCGCCGUGUGUAGCCUCAGCGUAUUCCCUUCACUGUGCUUCGAAAGUUGGGAAAGGUGAAGCGGAAGGAAGGAGACGCGGGGGGUUGUAGCUAUGGGGAUCGAGCUCAAGCAGCAGGGGUCUAAGUUGCAGGGAUUGUCGGCCUUGCGAGCUCAGUAUGAGCCCCAAAUUCCGCCCGCAUUGAAGGGUGGCAAUGUGAAGGUUUCUAAGGGCGAUAACACCACCGCAGCUGAUCCAUCCGAUCGCCUCGCUGUGAGCCGGGCCUAUCCACAUACUUAUGGUCAGCCUCUGGUACACUUGGUGUCCGAGGACAAAGCGGCAAAGCAUUCUACUCUCAGGAUCGGUGUUGCUUUUUGCGGGCGGCAGUCACCCGGAGGUCAUAACGUUAUUACGGGAUUGUUUGACGCUCUGAAGAGUCAAAACGCUGACAGUGUCCUGAUUGGCUUCGUUGGUGGCACGGAGGGCAUAUUUGCCCAAAAGACUGUUGAACUCACAAAUGACCACCUCAAGGAUUUUCGCAACCAGGGAGGUUAUGACCUUCUAGGGCGAACGAAGGAUCAAAUUAAGUCCUCUCAGCAAGUGAAUGAUGCUAAGGCUGCAUGUGAAGCAUUGAAGUUGGACGCCCUUGUCCUUAUCGGAGGAACUGGCACAAAUACAGACGCUGCACAACUCGCAGAAUCUUUUUUGGAAUCUGGGUGUACAACAAAGGUGAUUGGAGUUCCUGUAACAAUUGACGGGGACCUGAAAAAUCAGUUCGUUGAGACAGAUGUUGGAUUUGACACUACUUGCAAGGUGUAUUCACAGCUUAUCAGCAACAUCUGCACGGAUGCACUGUCUGCUGAAAAGUAUUACUACUUCAUCAGACUCAUGGGAAGGCAAGCGUCGCAUGUAUCACUGGAGUGUGCCCUUCAGUCGCAAGCGAACAUGGUCUUGCUGGGUGAGGAAGUGGCGAACUCGAAGAUGACGCUCUUUGAUGUGACCAUGCAAAUAUGCGAUGCUAUACAGGCUCGGGGAGAACAAGGAAAGAAUCACGGAGUAGUGCUCCUUCCAGAAGGUCUCAUUGAGAGUAUUCCAGAAUUUUACGCCUUGUUACAGGAAAUCAAUGGCCUUCUGAAACAAGAUGAGGACAUUGAUGUUAACAAUAUAUCUUCGCGUUUGACACCCUGGGCCGCCGCUUUGUAUGAUUUUCUCCCCAUCUUUAUAAAGAAGCAGCUGCUUUUGGAUCGCGAAUCAGAUGGUUCUGUGCAAUUGUCUCAGAUCGAGACAGAAAAGCUUUUGGCACAGUUGGUAGACACCGAAAUGACCAGGCGAACGAAAGCAGGAUUGUACAAGGGGAAAAAAUUCAACGCUAUCUGCCAUUUCUUUGGUUAUCAAGCCCGAGGAUCUUUGCCAUCCAAUUUCGACUGUAAUUAUGCUUACACUUUGGGUCAAACUGCAUACUACUUGGCACAAGCAGGUUUGACUGGAUACUUGGCCACUGUAGCAAAUCUGAAGCAGGAUGUAUCGGAAUGGCGCUGUGGAGGAGCGCCCCUUACGGCAAUGAUGUCCGUAAAGCGAUGGCUGCGGGGCCCUGGUGUUUCCCAGAUCGGCAAGCCUGCCGUCCACCGUACCAAAGUGGACCUGAAGGGCAAGCCUUACGAGUUGUUGACCCAGAAAGCAAGCUCGUGGUUGAUGGAUGAUCUUUACAGAAACCCUGGUCCUAUUCAAUAUGCUGGUGCUGGUGCUGAUCUGAAAACGAUUACGCUUUUAGCGGAAGAUAAUGACUACAUUGGCAAAGUCCAAGAGCUAUGUGCAUACCUUGACAAGGUGAAGGAAAUAGUGAAGCCUGGAUGUCCAGGUGAAGUCCUCAAAGCGGCUUUGUGUUCCAUGGCCUCAGUUACUGAAAUUUUGACCGUAAUGUCUGCCCCUUCAUUUCGCGGUCGUACUCCAUUCUAACGCUUCUUCGAGUUUGACACCCUUUAACUAGAGUUGCGAGAAUCACUAGACAUAAGCAUGAGAUAUCUCUAGCAGGUGUGUUAAAGCGUCUUAAAUCACUUAAAAUGAUUUGAGGAGCUCUCACGUUGUAUUCCCAUAUCAUUAUAUUGAAUUUGUAAAAGCUCAUAUGCCAGCGGAAUUGCAGUGUUGACUUUUACCCGUCGAUCCACUGCUAUCCCUUCAUUUGGAAAGAAACAUUUUUCUGAUGCUUCCUA